AUGGAGAUCCAAUAUCACCCCGCGCCGUACCCAUUUAUUUGGAAUGUGUCCUACUCGCAGGGACACGAGGUUUUAAACAAGGGUCACCAGAACAUGUUCCGGGAGGUGAACGAUCUCUGGCAGACGCGAGACCUGAAAGUGGCUGUAGAACAGCUAGAGAAGGUCCGUGCAGACUUCGCCGCGUUAUUUGCUGUGGAGGAGAAGAUGAUGACUCAACUUUUGGAGCGCCAGGAACAACUCAAGAGGAGCGUCAUUGCGUCCAAGGCAUCUUCGAGGCGCAACCGCAAAUUGCUCGACGAAGGCGACGAAUCACGGACUGAGGACGCUGCCGUACCGGGUGCUGCCGUACCGGGUGCUACCGUACCGGGUGCUACCGAACCAGUCACAAGCCAAGAUAAAAUACCUAGAACGCUAGGCGGGAAAGUCGCUUUCAAUGAUACACAUGAUCAGUCGCCUGCAACUUCCUCCGCAUCAUCGUCCUCGUUGAGCACCCUCGGAUCAGAUAUUACGCCCCAGCGAGAUCGACAUUACUUUUACCACAGCGAUAAUGGAGAGAUUAUUGAUCUGAGCACCCAAGCACUGACGGUUCAGAGGAUUCAAACCCAUUCUACUAAACAUAAAUUAUUCUUGGAGGAUCUUGAAGGAAUACAAAGACGCCUUCAAUUUCUCUUAUCUGGGACAGCCCCAAAAUAUGUUAAUGAUGCUGAUUUCCAAGGGAAAAGAGAAAUUCAAUUUAUUUCUAAUUGGUAUAUAUAUCACAUUUUGAGUGACGAUAAUAGCAUCCUUUACUCAUUUCGAUUAUGUCAAUUACUAAGUGGUAAUCGAGAGCCAGGCAUUGUCGGUAUUCAAUAUUGUAAUACGAGGCCUAAGACUAACUAUAGGUCGUUGCUAGAAACAAUGUCUGGUGUAGAUUUAUUGUCUGAUGAUGAAUUAAAUCAGCUUCGUAAUAACAAGGGAUUUUUGAUUGUGCGUGAUUGGAUGGCUCAUCUCCAGCAAAAUUUUGUGGUAUCAAUUUGUCUAAUACGGCCACCAUCAAUUCAAGGCAGUGAUUUCAAAAUAAUUCUAAGCAAUGUUUCUUGGGUCGAGUUCUCUAAAGUUAAGCCAUGGUUCGGAUGUCAAAAGGGAUAUACUCAAUUUUUUAGCGCCAAGAAUAAUUUGGAAAUUACUUCAAUUCUACAUGAUCUUAAAGAUGCAAAUUUACCUGAUGGGUCAUAUGGAAUCCAUAAAAGCCAAUUUAUAAAAGGUGACAGUAAGGACGAAAGGAAAAAAAAAGCAUAA